AUGGAUCCAAAACCAACAACAACAACCCCGGCCGCAAAGCCUAAACCAAAACCAACUACUGCCACAACUACUGCCGCCCCACCAAAAAAGACAACUACCACCGCUGGCGCGAUCGCCCCAGGCACUCUCUCAGUCUCCACAACCCCAACCAUCUCCCCCUCCGCCUCCGCCUCCCCCGAUGCUUCCUCUUCUUCUGGCGCAGGAGGACUCCCCGUUGCAGCUAUUGCCGGUAUUGCGGCCGGAGGUGCGGUGAUCUUGAUGUUUCUCAUCUCGAUCCUUGUCUGUAAGAAGCGCCGUUCUCGCCGGUACGCUUCUCGACCGGACGGUCAUGACCCGUCCCGCGACCCCAUCGAUCCCAACGAUGUCCUCCCCUUCGACAACAAGUACGACCAACGGACCCCCACCCUCGCCCACAGCAGUGCCGCUGCUGGUGCCGCUGCUGGAGCGCUCAGCAAUAGCAGGGGCGGAACCUCUCGCGAUAACGAUUCGGGAUUCAUUUCUUACCCGCUUGCACUUCGGGGUGCGAGUGAGGAUGAGGAGAAGGUGAGAGAGUUGGCGGCGUAUCAGGAUCCUAGAACAAAGCAGACUCAACAGGCACUUGAGCAAGAGUAUAGCCAUUAUGAUGACCAUAUCCAGUCGCACUUUGCCCCCGAGAGUCCAGAGAUGACACCUGCAAGCCUGCGCCCUGGUCCUGGCCCUGGCCCUGCAUCCCCUACAAAGAGUAUCAACAACGGCCGAGCUCAGCAUCUCCCAACCCCCAUCUCCACCACCAACCCAUCCAUGGAGCUCUCCCGCAACACCCCCGCACCCAUGUCCCCUUCCCAACGUGGCUUCCAACAGAACCAACAGCAGCAGCAACCAUACAACAACAACCAAGAGUCUUUACCUAUCUCACCACGGUCACGGCCCUCACAUCCCUUGGCAAGCCCCACAGGUCCCCGUGGACAAAACUCUCCUGCCGCUGUUAUCGUCAACGACAUGGGCAACGAGUUUGUGAUGCAGUCCUCGAACACUAACAGCCUCCGUGAGAGUUUUGACCAAGAAGGAUCUGUCAUCCAGUCAGAGCUCUCUUACCGUCGAGGCAUUCCCCCUCGCAAGUCGCAGGAAUCGAAUCUCGGAGGAGGAUAUGCAGGAGGUGCAAGUGGCCAGUACCCCAAUGCAGGUACUCCUAGCCCAAUGGCUCUCGGACCCCAACGAGGACUUAACAGUGGAGGACGCCCAGGACCCGGACCUGGACCCGGACAGGGACCUGGUAGCAACAGCACCUUCUCGUCCCCUCGUCAAGGACCCUCUGGAUACCCGACUUCCCCACCUGUACUCCCCUCUCAAUACCCACCCCAACACCAGUACCAGCCUCCUCCACAACAAGGAUACCAACCACAACCUUACCAGCAGUACCCACAAGAUAACAUGAGCGGAUACGGAUCACCCCCAAUGCGUCCUCAGCAACAACGACCAGGCCCAGGAGGAUACCCUGGUCCUAACGGGCCUGGAGGCAUUCGAUCUCCUCCCAUGAGUCCUCAAUCCCGUGGCGGUUACUCACCACACAUGGGACCCGGCUACCCUCAGCAGCACCAGCAACAAUACCAGCAGCAAUCCAAUUACCCUCCCCAGCAGCAGCAAUCGCCCAACCACCGGCCCCGCAACAACUACUAG